AUGGCAACAGCAGCUGGCUAUACUGAUGAAAUUAUUGAUUAUCAACAUGAAAUGGCUGUUGAUGAAGGCAGCACAGGUGAGGACAUAAAAGCUGAAAGUGAUUCACUCACACAAGAGUCAGAUGAGGUGCUUGAAAUGUUUUGUGAGCACUGUGAAAAGGACCUAGGAGAAACAGUAAAAGCUGAUGGAUUUUGUGCAGUCUGCUUUGAAUAUAUGUGUGCAACUUGUUUAAGAUAUCAUCAGAGAUAUAAAUCUGACCAUACAAUACAAGAUAGUGCUAAUAUGCCACAAGACUUCUGUUUCCAGAAAUGCCAAGAUCAUCCAAAAGAGUUGAUUAAAUUUUAUUGUAUGACUUGCCAGCUAAAGACAUGUACUGUUUGUAAACUGAGUCACCAAAAUGAAUGUACAAUUAAACAUAUUCCAAGUCUUGUUAAAUCAGUUGAUUUAAGAUGUACAAUAAAUGAAGUAAUAAAAGAAAUUGACAUUGACUUAGAAGCUCUUAGUGAAUCUAAAACUGAUGUGACCUCAAAAUUAUCAGAUGUCCAGUCAAUCAGCCAGAAUGCCAAAUCUUCAGUUAGAGAGCAUAUGAAAUCAUUGAAAAAAGUCACAGAAGACCUGUAUCAAGACAAAGUCCAUUUUCUUCAGCAGAAAAAGAAAAGUGAAAUGGAGCAAUAUGAAAAGAAGAGGGCUGACAUACUUGCCAAAUUGGACAAAGAAAAGGGAGAGCUUAUGAGCAAUCAUCAAAACCAAAGCAAAAAGCUUCAGGUCAACAAAAUGUUAACAUUUGAUAAGAUAGAAAGGCAGAAAGAAAAAUUGGAUAAACAAUCUGAAUCAACAAAAUUGAAAGAUGAGACAAGAUUGAAUAUGAUGUCCUCCAAAUCUAGUAAAAUAGAAACUCAAUUAAAAAGUUUAAGACAAAACCUUUCUAAGAAGAUGCUUGAAAAUCAAAAGUGUGAAACAUUCUUAUCCAUUAAAGAAGCGAGACAGCUUUUAGAGAAAAUGAAUCCUGAUGUUAAAGAAGUUAGUCAACCUGUUGAAAUAAGCAAUUAUGAAUUUCUGCUUAAUGAUAAAAAAAUAACCAGUUUCUUUAGGUAUUUCCUAUACCCGUUACACAUUUCAAUUGAUUGUGGUUCUUUCAUGGAGAAAUCAAAAAUUAGGAGAAAAAUAAAUUUUUCUAAUGAUAUUUUCACAGCACAUUCCACUAACAAAAAGACUUGCGAAAUCACUGGACUUUGCAAAAUCUCUGACAAUUAUUUACUUGCAGCAGAUUGGGCAAAUGCAUCCAUAAAACUAAUAAAUAUUGUCAGCAAAUUUACUUCAGAUGAAGUAAAGUUAGACUAUGAACCUUUUGAUCUCACCCUGAUAAAAACUAAUAUGGUUGCAACAACAAUGCCAAAUGUCGGAAAAAUCCAGUUAAUAUCAAUUACUCAAGAAAACAAAUUUGUAUUAAGUACACAAGUCAAAGUACCUGAUAAAUGCUAUGGCAUUGCGUUUAAGAAACCAAACCUAGUUGUUAGCUGUCAAGGAGAGGUUUACGAGAUAGAAUUAAAUGGAGCUGUAGUUAGUACCAUCACUACAUCAGACCUAACCUUACAACAAAUUGGACAACAUCCAAAAGGAAAUAUGUUUUAUGUUCCAGGAACCCUUUUAUUAAAUACAAAUGGAUGCAUAACAAAAAUAAGGACCUCUAAAAUAUCCAUUCAAAGAAGUCCUAGGUUUCUUAAAACUGUCACAGGUUUAGCAGUCGACAAAUCAGGAACAAUUUAUACAUGUACAACAGAUGGACAUUCUAUUGUACAAUUAUCUGCUGACCUUGAAACACAGCAUUCACAUAAGGUACUGCUUAAACAAGCUGACAGACCACUGAGUUUAUUCUACUGCAACAAAGAAAACAAACUUUACAUUGGUACUAAAUCAGGAACAAUCAAGGUUUUCAAUGUGGAAUAA